AUGCCAAUUGUAAAUGUCAAGUGGCAGAAAGAGAAGUAUGUGGUGGAAAUCGACACCUCUGCGCCACCAAUGGUCUUCAAAGCUCAACUUUUCGCACUGACUCAAGUGCUUCCAGAACGACAGAAGGUUGUGAUCCUUGGCAGAACCUUGGGUGAUGACGAUUGGGAAGGGAUCACUUUGAAGGAGAAUAUGACGAUUAUGAUGAUGGGAUCCAUCGGAGAAAUCCCAAAAGCACCAACAAUUCUCGAAGCCCAGCAACAGAAUGUCGGCCAACAAGCCGAGGAAAUGUCCAACCUCUACCCAUGCGGACUUGCCAAUCUUGGAAACACUUGCUAUUUCAACUCUUGUAUGCAAAUGCUAAAGGAGGUCAACGAGUUGAUUUUGAAGCCAGCCGACGAAACCAAAAUCCGUGAGCAAAAUGAUCGACUCUGCCACAAUUUGGCCACUUUGCUCUGCCAGCUUCGUGAUAAAGAUAAGGCUCUUCGAAGCAAGGGAGACCCAAUCAAACCAUUUGCUUCAAUUAUUAGUCUCUCGGAGUCCUAUCCUCAAUUCGAAAAAUUCAAGCAACAAGACGCCAAUGAGUGUUUUGUCGCAAUCAUGACCAACCUCACUCGGUUCUACGGCCUGGCUGGAUAUCCAAUUGAUAAUCUUUUCAAAAUUAAAACAGAAACGAAUUGUAAAUGUCUGGAAACUGAAGAAGUCGCUGAGAAGAAGACCGAAAGUGCUACUCAACUGACUUGCUAUGUGAAUCAAGACGUUCGAUUCUUGCAAACCGGUAUCAAGGCAGGAUUUGAGCAAGAGGUAGAGCGAAACAGUGCUCAAUUGGGACGUGACGCCAAAUGGCAGAACCACACUCUGAUCUCCCGUCUUCCAAAGUAUCUGACAGUCAAUAUCAACAGAUUCUUCUUCAAAGAAUCCUCCAAAACAAACGCUAAGAUUUUGAAGUCGGUGCAAUUCCCAAUUUCUCUUGACGCCUACGAUUUGUGCACUCAAGAGUUGAAGGACAAGCUCGUGACUCGACGUGCUGAUAUCAAAUUGGAAGAGGAUGCCAAGUUGGAAAGAGAGCUGAGAAAGAAGGUUCUGGAUAAGGAGCAAGCCGAUAAAAUCUUCGACGAUGGAGUCGCUCUUCCAACCGAAUUCGAGUCUGAUCCAGGAUCUAAUAACUCUGGAUUCUAUGAGCUCAAGGGAAUCAUCACUCACAAAGGACGCUCCUCGCAAGACGGUCACUACGUGGCAUGGCUCCGUUCUGCCGAAGACAACAAAUGGCGUCUGUUCGACGAUGAGCACGUCACCGUUGUCGACGAGGAAGCGAUUCUGAAGACUUCUGGAGGAGGUGACUGGCACAGUGCCUACGUUCUUCUUUACGAGGCCCGUGUCAUCAAACAAUACCCAGAACUGCCACCAGCACCGGUUAUCUCCGAAGCUGAUAAUGUCGUUGAUGAGCCAAUGGAAGUUUCUUCUAAGCCAUAA